AUGGCGCCCGACGACGUCGAGCGCGCGGUGCCUCUCGAGGACGACGUCGAGCGGCCGCUUCGCGACGUCGCGAGCGACGGCGACGACGACGACGACGACGCGAGCGAGGACGCGCGCGCGUCGGCCGGAGACUUGGCGACGAUUUUCGCGCUGUGGAACACGAUGGUCGGCAGCGCGGUGCUCGCGGUGCCGUGGGCGUUCACGGAGAGCGGAUUAGCGCUGGGCGCGGCGAGCGCGGUCGUUAUGACGUGCGCGAUGGCGUACACGGCGACGCUGGUGCUGCGGUACGGCGCGCGGGGAGGGCACGACGACUUGGCGGGGAUGUGCGGCGCGGCGCUGGGACCGCGAGCGAGAGCGGGGUGCAACGCGGCGAUGGCGCUGAUGAUGGCGCAGUGCGUGGUGGUGUUCGACAUGAUGCUGUCGACGAGCGUGUACGGCAUCGUCAAGGGGUUCGCAGAUUUGGCGAAAAUGCCGGCGACCGGUGGCGGCGGGACGACGGCGCUGGCGGCGACGCUCGCGUCUUCGAAUUCCACGGGCUGGGCGACGUGCACGAACGCCGCGAAAGACGCCGCGAAGUGUUGGAAUCCGUUCACGGCGGUGGGUGUCACCGCCGUUGCGCUGAUGUGUCUCGGAAGUCUGAAGAAUCUCGACGGUUUCGUCGCCGUGAGCGUGCUCGGGCCCUUCUUCAUGACGUACUUGAUUUUGUUCAUCGUAUUCAAAUCAGUCGUGGCGUCGGCGCCCGUGGCGCCGAUCGCGCCGUACGCGAACUUUUCGACGUUUAAAAAGACGGCGGGGGUGUUGUCGAGCUGUUUAUUUUCCCAUCACGCCGUGAUUCCGGUGUGCCGGGCGAACAGUAAGUCGAAAAAUAACGGGCGGAAUCUUCUCGUCGCGUACGUGUUGGCGCUGAUGUCGUACCUGGCGCCGGCGUUGGCUGGGAAUUUCAGCGCUGCGUACGUCGCCGUGCGACGGGGGCCGAACGGUUCGUCUCGGGCGGCAAAUUUCUUGCGCGUGUUUCCACCGAGCGAUUACUAUACUCUAUCCGCGCACGUGGCGGUGACGGUACAGUUCUUGACCAUGGUCCCGCUGCUCUUGUACAUUCUGCGAACGCAAGUCUUUGGCCUGCUUCCGCAAUUUCCAGCCAAGUACCACGGCGCGGCGUCGUUCGCGGUCAACUUUGCCGCGAUCGCUCUCGGCUCCUUCUGCGCGGCGCAUCCCGACAUCGACAUCGGUAUGAUUCUUUCCAAGUGCGGCGCCGUGUUCGGCUUGAUUUUCGCCUACGCGGCCCCCGUGCUCGUACACGUAUUCGGACGCCGAGGAAAUCGUCACCCUCUGUGGAACCACAUCGCGCACGGCACCAUUCUCGCCGUCGGCGUCGCCAUCGCCCUCGCGCAAUUCGUCGAUUGA